AUGAUGGACCCUUUCUACUGGGAUCACCACCAACAGCAGCAGCCUCACCACUAUCACCAUCACUUGCACCAGCAGCAUCACCAGCCGCCUCCGCCGUCGCUGCUGCCGCCACAACCUCACCUGCAACAGCAGCAGAUGGACCACCCGCAGAGAUUACAGGACGGUGCUUCCUCCGCCGCCGUCGCCGCGGCCGAUACUCGCGGUCAGAAUGACACUGAUAACGCGUCCGACGAUUCGUACCUGACGUCUUCGCACGUGAGUACGACCUUGACACACUAUAUGACCCACACGCAUUCAUUAUAG